AACUAUAAGUUUCUCCAUAUAUAUUUAUGAAUAUGUAUAUGUAUAUGUAUAUGUAUAUGGAUGGUGCCAUUUAGUGUUUUGAACACCACAUUUCAACCAACCUUUUGAUAAAACAUUGUCCAUGACUAUUCACUUGUUAGCUCUAGCUAUUGUUCUCCAAUGCUAUUUCACAGCUAGCCUCAAUCACCCACUAGACCCUCUCAACCCUACUGAAAUAAACCAAGUAAGGCAAAUUAUUCAAAAGUCUCACCUUAGUAGUAUUCCCAACCUAACCUUUCAUUUUGUUGAUCUUGAAGAGCCAGAAAAAAGUGAUGUUCUCGAGUGGAUGUCUUCAAAGAAACAAAAUGGCAAUCCUUUUCCUUACCGUAGAGCCAAGGUCGUGGUUCGAGCUAGAGGUGAGACUCGUGAAAUCGUUGUGGAUUUAUCCACUAGUUCGAUCACGUCUGACCAUGUCUACACUGGCCAUGGUUACCCUCCAACCACUUUUACCGAGUUCUUUCAAGCCAGCAGACUUCCUUUGAAUUAUACACAGUUCAAAGAUUCAAUUUCCAGAAGGGGCUUGAAUUUGUCUGAAGUCACUUGCUUGUCAUUCACAGUUGGUUGGUUUGGAGAACUUGUUUCAAAAAGAGCUGUUAAAGUUCUAUGCUUUUACCGCGGAGGAACAACUAAUGUCUUUUCAAGGCCUAUUGAAGGGAUAAGUAUUAUAGUUGAUGUUGAAUCUAUGCAAAUUGUGGUGUACACAGAUAGAUUUAAAUCUCAUUUGCCUAGAGCUGAGGGUACCGAUUUCCAGUCAUCCGGGCAGAGGCCUGAUCCUGACCCUUGCAAUAGAACAUACAUCGGGAUCACCAUUGAAGGCCAUGAGGUUAGAUGGGCUAAUUGGAUGUUCCAUGUAGCGUUCAAUGCUCGGGCAGGGAUGAUAAUAUCCACAGCUUCGGUAUCUGAUGCCGGAAGAAAAAAGUUUCGGCGUGUGCUCUACAGAGGACAUGUAUCUGAAACGUUUGUGCCAUAUAUGGAUCCUACAAAUGAAUGGUACUUCAGGACCUACAUGGACAUCGGUGAAUUUGGGUUUGGGCGGUCAGCUAACACCCUUGUGCGGCAGAUUGACUGCCCGGCUAAUGCAGUGUACAUGGACGGGUACAUGGCCGGAUCAGAUGGACAGCCACAAAAGGUUCCCAGAUCGAUCUGCAUUUUCGAGCGAUAUUCUGGUGAUGUUGCAUGGAGACAUACUGAGAUUGGUGUUCCCGGAAAAGUGAUAAUAAGUGGAGAGACAGAAGUUAAUUUGGUGGUUAGGAUGGUUGCUACAGUUGGAAAUUAUGACUAUGUUCUAGAUUGGGAGUUCAAGCAAAGUGGCUCCAUCAAAGUUGGGGUGAGUCUCACAGGUGUACUAGAGAUGAAGGCCACGUCGUAUGCCAACCAGGACCAAGUUGUUCAUGAGGACAUUUAUGGUACUUUUGUUGCUGAUAACACCAUUGCUAUCAACCAUGAUCACUUCCUGACCUACUAUCUGGAUCUCGACAUUGAUGGCAAUGAAAACUCAUUUGUCAGAGACAAGUUGAAACAGGUGAGGGCAGCAUACAUUAACACAGGCACACCAAGAAAGAGUUAUUGGAUGGUGGUUACGGAGACGGCAAAAACAGAAGCCAAGGCUAGGAUUCAGCUCGGCAUGGAGCAAGGCGAGCUGUUAGUUGUGAAUCCUAAUAUGAGGACAAAGGUUGGGAAUCAUGUGGGUUACCGGUUGAUCACCGGACAACCGGCUACUUCCCUGCUGUCCGAUGAUGAUUACCCACAGAUCCGUGCAGCCUACACCAAGUACCAAGUUUGGGUGACUGCCUAUAACAAGUCAGAAAGGUGGGCUGGAGGCUUUUAUGCAGAUAGGAGCAGAGGAGAGGAUGGCUUGGCUGUUUGGAGCCGCAGGAACAGACCAAUCGAUAACAAGGACAUAGUUGUAUGGUAUACUGUGGGUUUCCAUCACAUUCCGAGCCAAGAAGAUUUUCCGGUGAUGCCGACCUUGUAUGGUGGAUUUGAGCUCCGGCCAGCAAACUUUUUUGAAAGAAACCCGGUACUCAAACAAUAACACAUCAAUUCUUGUGAUGGCACAAAAAUUCUUUGUUAGGAAGGGCAUUAUAUCAAGAAGAAGAAAAAGUACGUAGUUCUUUCAGCAGGAAGUGAUUGCAAGAAAUUCUUCAGCAAGAUUGAAAUAUCUUCUCAGAAUAUGAUUAUCUUCUUCACACUGAGAUCAAUACAGAUAUAAAUCGUCUUAUUCUGGAAAGAAUUGCUAAAAUAGUUUAUGUACAAUGUAGGUCUGUAAUGUUGCCUAUUUAAACAAAGAACAAAAAUGGGUUUCUAUCUAGAUCAUUUUUGUUCCAUAGAAUGACACAGUAUUUAUUCACUGGGGCUGACAAUCUGACUCUUCAAUAUAUAAAAAAACACAGUUGGAAUUGAUUUGCUGCAAAAAGAUCUCUAGGGCUUGAUUUGUUUUCUAUAGCCAGCAUAUUUUCUAUAUCUGCAAAAAGAUGUCUACUACAAGUUUGAUUUCAGAAGCCAAUCCAUCUGGGUUGUUCUGCUAAGACAAUUGCAAACAUAAUUGAUCUUGGUAGAACAAUUCUUCAUCAGGAUCGCCCUCAAAAGGUUAGGUGAUUUUGCCUUCACAUUGAAGCCCUCUUGCCGACAGUAGUCACUUGUCGGGAUUCAGGUCGUUUAGAUCACAGAGUGAACACUGGUUUAGUCAGCGAAUCGUGAUGGUCUCUGGCUCAAGUUGAACCAACCAUUAAUGUCACACCUGAACUAGUGCCUCUUUGCAGCUCCUGGUUGUCAUCUGUGUUUUGGGAUUCUUCCUAAUUUUGAGUGCUGACUAACACUUGAUUGUCCUUCCUCCUUGUUCGGAAAGUGCUCUGUUCAGGUGUUGGUUUUUUUGGUUUACCGUGUUGCUCUUUUAGAGGUUUUGCUAUGCAGAAAUGCUGUUUUCGGUUGUAGGUCGUUUUGUAUGGCUGUGUUGGCUUUU